AUGGCCAACAACGCGCGACAAAGCGCCGCGGCGCAUGACGAAGAAGAUUAUAGCUACGAUCUUAGCAACGCCAUAUAUGGUCACUUCCCCAUCUCACCCCACCAGUCACGCGCCACUUCCCCAAACUCUUCCAAGAAAAGAAAACCCAUCACCACCAGCGCCAACCAAAAUCUCGCCAGAAAAACCACCAUCUCACUCAACCGCCACAACGCACCUCCAACCUGGCUUCCGCAAGCCCAGCAAUCUGGCAAAAGAGAAUACAACAUGUCCAUCCACCAGAGCACGUGCUUGAACCUGAACAUGGCGGCGUCGGGACAGAGCUCAGAAUCCGAUCUGUGGAUCUUGCCCGAACUCGACGACUGGGAGGAAGGCGAGGAGACGGAGACGGAAUCGAGUAGCCAGGGCACCCUAUCGCCAUCGGCAUCGCAAUCGUCGACAACAGCACCCCAACUGCCAGCAGCAUCUCAGGGACCCAACAAGUGGGCUGGGAGCUUUUUCCGCCGUGCGGCAAAUAGUAAUUUGGAACGUCUGCGGACUCGUCUCGAGGGUGAUGGCUGGGAUUUUGUGGGCGGGCGGUAUCGUGAUGAUGAGAUGAAGUGUCUGAGUGGUGGUGGUGGUGUUGAGGGAGAGGAGAGUUUGGAUGAGGAGUUUGAUGUUGUUGUUUUGUCGGGCGAGAGGGGAGUGUAG